AGUGAUUUCCCCUCCAGUGAAGCUGAGGUGGGAUCUGGACCUCUUUUUUUCCUUGAUAAGAAAGGCCUGGCCGUGUUUACACAGAGAGAGGAGGAGUCUGUGAUGCUCGCAGACCAAGAUGGUUCUGUGAGGGGAAAGAGCUGGAAAACUCCCCAGAUGUCCAGAUAUUCCAGGAUGGUGACCUCUAUACCUUAGCUAUUGCCGAAGCUUUCGAGGACGACACUGGUCGGUACAGCUGUACAGCAACCAACUGCUUUGGAUUAGACACUACAUCCGCUGAGGUCUAUAUUGAAGGGGCUUCUUCCACGGACUCGGAGGGCGAGAGAGAAAUGUUUAAGUCACAUGCCGGAACCAUGCCUCCGCCCCAGAAGAAGACUACUUCGGUGUCCCUGACAAUAGGAUCGCAUCACUCAAAGGGGGCAGCAGGUGCCAGUGAAGUGCAGCAGGUCCGCUCUACGCUGGUUCAAUCCAUCUCCAUCCCAGCCCCACAGAUCCAGAGUCCAACACCUUGCCUUCAAGUCCAGGAUGGAAUCUCAACACCUGUGUUUACAAAGGUCUUACAAGACAUCACUGCAUCCGAAGGUCAGGUGGUGGUGCUGGAAUGUCGAGUUAAAGGGACCCCUCCUGUUAAGGUCCAAUGGCUGAGACAAGGAACAGAGAUUGAAGACUCUCCAGAUUUCCGAAUCCUUCAGAAAAAACCUCGAUCAGCUGUUGAGCCAGAGGAAGAAAUCUGCAGUUUAGUGAUCGCUGAAACCUUUGCGGAAGAUGCCGGAACGUUUACUUGCACAGCCUCCAAUCCCGUUGGCACCGUUUCUUGUAGUGCCCAGCUGACAGUCUGUCCAGGAAAGGAAGGUGCUUCAAAUAGUGGGAAUGGUUCAGUCGAUAAUCUUAGCCCGUCGCCUCAGACUGAGGUUAGUUUGUUGGAAUUGCCGUCUAAGAGGACAGUUGACUCUGUUCAGGUGAACAGUCUUGAGGUCAAACCGAACGUGGCUGCCUUCCAGCUGCAGCUCAAUCCCACAGAGAAGAUGGCCAACGGCAACUCCUCCGCCCAAGAGAUGAAUGGACCAAGCCAAGGGCAGCUUUCGCAGUCUGCGGCCACCCCGCACUCCCCAGUGAAGGAGCCACCACCCCUGGCAGCCAAGCCCAAGCUUGACCCAUUGAGACUGCAGCAGCUACAGAAUCAAAUUCUGCUGGAGCAGCAAGGAGAAGGCAGUUGGCCAAACCAGCAGGCGUUCCAUCUCCCGCAGUGUUCGCCAUCCUCCAACCAGCUAUCCCCUGCCCCAAUGAGCGUGCUGAACCCCCAAACUCCAUCAGCCAUGCAGCAAACGACAACUUUCAAUUACGCUCGGCCCAAGCAGUUCAUUGCUGCUCAAAGCCUUCCGUCUUCUGCCGGUUACCAGUCUCCUUCUUCUGGCUCUUCAGGUUCUAACCUGUCCUCCCCACUCUCUCCCCCCACGUCGCACAAACCCUUUAACCGAGUGGCGUCACCUCCCUUUCCGCAGCCCUAUCUAAGCGGCAGCGAGCAGCGGCACCUCACCUCCCCUUCGACUCUGAGCCCUUCCUUGUCUUCCCCUCCUCUCCCUCCUCCACCACCGGCCCUCAGUGCCCCCGCUUUCUUUGAUCAAGAUCCUUUCCCUCUGCCUCCUCCACCCCCGCCUCUUCUCCCUUCCCCAGCCCAGCUGCCCUACCUCUCCCCCUCGGCUCUUAGAGCCUCUCCUCACUCCACCCAAUCACCUAGUGCUUUCCUCAGCUCCAUGUUGCCAUCGCAGUCCAUUGUGUCACCUGUCAACGCUCUGGGCCUUCCAAAAGGAGCCAUCCCAAUAACCCCUCAAAGUCUCAAGAGAAACAGCCGGACUCCUCGCCUGGCGACGGAUGAAGAAAUUCAGGGGACGAAGGAUGCGGUCAUUCAGGACCUGGAGAGGAAACUCCGCUUUAAGGACGAUCGCUUAAGCAAUGGCCAGAGAUUGACCUAUGAGGAAAAGAUGGCCCGGAGGCUUCUGGGAGCGGACAAUGCUGCCACUGUCUUCAACUUUCAGGAGGUCGAGGAUGAGCCUGUGGCCCAGGAAUACAAGGUCUCCAGCUUUGAACAGAGGCUGAUCAGUGAGAUUGAGUUUCGCCUGGAGCGUUCGCCCGUGGAUGAGUCCGAUGAGGAGGUCCAACAUGAUGAGCUGCCCGAACAUGGCACCGCACCAACCUUCGAGAGGAAACUAAAACAUGUCAAACUAUUCGAGGGGACGUCAGUGACCUUCACCUGCAAAGUGACCGGAGACCCCAUGCCAAAGGUCUACUGGUUCAAAGAUGGCAAACAAAUCUCCAAGCGCAGUGAACACUACCAGAUUUGUCGAGAGGCAGAUGGAACUUGUUCCCUCCACACUGAAGCUGCCACGCUCGACGAUGAUGGGAAUUACACCAUCAUGGUGGCCAACCCACUGGGUAGGACCAGCUGCACGGGCAGAUUAAUGGUUCAAACUGUGAGCCAGAGAGGACGCUCUCCCCGCUCCCCUGCUGGGCAGUCACCUGGACGGAGACCUCGAUCCCGUUCCCGAGACAGUGGAGAGGAGACUGAAGCCAUCCAGGAACGCUUCUUCCGGCCUCACUUCCUCCAAGCACCAGGAGACAUGGUCAUUCAGGAGGGGAAACUCUGCAGGAUGGACUGCAAGGUCAGUGGCCUACCAACUCCAGACCUAAUCUGGCAAUUGAAUGGGAAGCAGAUCCGUUCAGACAGCAGCCACAAGAUGCUUGUGCGUGAGAAUGGUGUACACUCCCUGGUCAUUGAACCAGCCACUGCCAGAGAUGCCGGGAUGUACACAUGCAUAGCCACCAACCGAGCUGGCCAGAACUGUUUCAGUCUCGAGCUAAUAGUUGCAGCUAAAGAGAUGGUCAGAGCCCCGGUGUUUAUAGAGAAGCUGCAGAACACCGGCGUGGCAGAAGGAUACCCAAUACGGUUAGAGUGUCGUGUCUUUGGUGUGCCAUACCCUCAGAUCUUCUGGAAGAAGGACAAUGAAUCUCUCACUCAGAACACUGAGAGAGUAAGCAUGCAUCAUGACAACAAGGGCUACAUCUGCCUGUUAAUUCAGCCAACCACAAAGGAGGAUGCUGCAUGGUACACUGUGUCUGCUAAAAAUGAGGCUGGGAUUGUAUCCUGUACAGCCAAGCUGGAUGUUUACUCUCCUCAGUGGCACCAGACUCCCAGCUCCAAGCCAAAGAAAGUGCGACCCUCCACCAGUCGCUACGCAGCACUUACCGACCAAGGACUCGACAUCAAGUCGGCAUUCCUGCCCGAGGCUAACCCUAUUCACCUUGGUCCUCAAUCCAACCUUGUCGAAAGUGAUGACCUGUAGCUAAACUCUUGGAGAGAGGGGACGCGAGAGAGAAAGAGGAGGUAUCGGGAUUACAUGCAGAGGGAGAGAAACUGCCUCUCGUGGGGAGUGACUACAUCCAGACCAUCAUUUCGUCAAGUCCGUACACACUGAAAGCCUUUGUUUUUUUUUUAAAAAUAUGCAUCGAUACAAAAAAACCUUAUGUAUGGGAUAAGGUGAAGAAAUUUUGAACUGCAAUCGGGAAGAAGGUAUUGGUGGCCAAGCGAGCUGGCACUGGAUAGAAUUGGAUUUGGCACAUGCACACAUUUUGUUAUCCAUGUCCCACCUUGCAUGGCUGGAUUAUAAAGUAGGUAUUUUGCUACACAGUGGCUUCAAUUUAUUAUAAACCAUUAUAUACACAUUGUUAAAAGGAUAUAUCUCAGAUAAUCAGCGUCACCAAGUGCCUGGGCUAAAACUAUAUUAUUCAGGUUGGGUCAAGACUUGGGUAUGAUGUGUUCCAUUAGUGAUAACUCUGAGGGUUUUUUUUUUGGAAAGGGGUUAUACUAAAGGGAGAGCGGUGUGGUCAUUUGUGCAUUCUGGGAGUCCUAAUUCAAAUCCAGCUUUCAACACACUUAGGAACUUUAGACAGGGCUGUUCCUAUAAAACAGCAGAAGGUGCUACCAACUCAGAUAUCUGAUGAGGCAGUUAGCUCUUCACUUCCUAUUGACAAUGCAGUCUUUCUCCGACUCUGGUGUACAUCACCCAAUUUUGUUUAAGCACUUGCAGCCUUUUCAUCUUCUCUUAACUCAGUCUGCUAAAGACGCUGCUCAUGGGGAAACUUCUGAUGCGGCUUUUAUAAAGCAGAACAGUUAAUCUAUUUGACCACCUGUGUGCAUUGUACUACUUUUUUGGGUGUAUUAGACCGAAGCCAAGGGUGAAUUUUGGCUGGAUUGGCACGGUUUUAAGGAGCUUGAGGCAUGGUUCUGUGAACCAAUCCGCAUCAGGGCAGUUGUGGUCUCUCCCUCGAUUCGGAAUUGUCCGACUGAUGCCGCCUUCUGGGAGAAUGGCAACAGAUCCACCUGCCGUGUUGGGUUGAGUUAUUGGCAGAUGCACAACUGUACAGAAGCCCUAGGCGCGUGCAUGGGGAAGGGUAUGCACUGAAAGCUCCAGUGAGGAAAGCACAGUGGCAACACUGGUAAUGGUGCUGAUUCUCCAGGCCUUGACUAACCCCCCUCCCUCUAUACGCAGCUCUCCCUCUAUACGCAGCUCUUCCUCCAUCCUUGGCCAUUUCUCGCACGUGUAGCAUCGUAUGGAUCUCCAUGACAUGAUUCCGCUAUACUCUAGCGAUGGAACCACAUUGACGAUCAUGGAGUACCCAAUGUUUAAAGCAGCCCUGCCUCCAGGUUAAGGUUAAAGAGACAGAAAGCAUCACUUUUGGAUUGGAAUAGGAAGUGGGGGGGAAGAGGAAGAAGGGAGGGUAAAUGCUCCCAGUGCUGUAGUUUUCCCUGGUAGCUGGAGUUUUAGUUCAACUAUUGCAUGUUAUUCUUUUUUUUUAAAAAAAGCACCUCUUUAUUGAAUCAUCUUAAUCCCUGGAAGUCCUGAAAGUUUUUAAUGCCUAUAGCACUCCUUGGUGCAUUUAGGUUGUUUACUAUGAAGUGGGCUCACUUCAGACUUAAUAUAACAGUUGAUUUUUGGUAGAGUGGGUGGCUGAUAAUUCCUUUUAUCCACCUUUCUGAUUUGGCAAUAAGAUGGUUUUUGAUAGUGCAGAGAAGGUGAUGGUGGUUGGAGUUAGUUAGCUGGGCCAGUUAAUAAUUAGGUGAUUAUGUUGAUGUGAUAGAAGCUCGAAAUACGUUUGCCGCACAGAUUAUAGCUCACUUGCCCUGGGAGUAUUUUUGCUGUCAUGAUACAAUGGCCACUAAUUUAGAAGCACCAGGUUAAUCACAUUUGGAGAGUGUGGCAGGAGAUAUAGCUUCCAUUGUCUUGAAAAGGAUAACGUUAUAUUUAAAGUUUUAAGACGGGAGUUAGCCAAGGUCUCUCUCACUCACACACACACACACACACACACAGCUUCCAGAAUGCACUUUGUUUUUUAAAUGUGCUAAACUGUGUGUAAACUGCCUUUUUAAUGGCAAUUUGUUCUUUAUGGUGAUGAGGAAAGACCCAAGGCGGGAUUAACCCGAGCUGGUUUAGUUUCAGAUUCCCUAAAACAUGCCCUUGCCAAGUAUUAAAUAGAUCGCUCACCAGAGGCAGCCAGUACGUUGCUGGAGUUGGUUUGUCUGUGCCAAACGCUGUCUUAACCCGCCCGUUCCCGGGUGCUGAUGGUUUUCCAUUUGCCAACCCCAACAACCGAGCCCCACCAGUGAGGGGGUGGGUGGGCGAAACCCUAAGCGUCCUCUCUGAGCCCGGAGCGGCAUUUCAUUCAGGCGUCAGCAGCAGUUGGACUCAGGACCGGAAAAGGAACAUGCAGAAGGACUUUGGAAGCACGGAGUAACUAGAUGAUGGUACAAGGACGCUUCACAUUAUAUCAAAAAUGACUGUGUAUCCUCGAAAACAAAAAAGAAAAAUGCACACAUUCAUUAUUUAAAAAUACGCAAACUUAAGUGUCUAAAUUCGGCUCAGACCUUGCAAUUAAUCUGCUGUUGUUGUUGUUUGAGGUAUUGCGUUGAAAGAAUUGUUCUAAUGCUAUCUGGUACUGUAUAUCCCAGCAUUUUAACUGCUCAAUAUUUUAUAAAGAGAAUCUGUAGGCGUUAGUGCAACUGGUUUCACCCGUUUAGCUAACUGAUUAAGGUUGCCACUGAUGCAAAGUGGUUGAGAACCGGAAAAAAUGUGAUUGGUACAAACGCAGGUGGAAACUACGACACCCAGUAGUGCCUUUUUGCGAUGCCUGAGGUUCUUCGAUUGCAACCCUCGUAUCAGCAAAUAUUUGAAUGUAGCCUGCUAAAUUCCUACAAGCUUCACCUGCCUUGGGCUGGACUGCUCACUUUCUCAAUUUAUUGCAGCGUAUUUUACUGAAAAUGCUUCUUUUUCUGUGACAGUGUAAAGUUUUUUUUAAAAAAUGCUGCAUUUGCUGCUUCUGGCUUGUUCUGCUGAGAUUUGUUCUUGUGCCGUUUAUAAAUUUAAUAAAAAUGUUGGAAUAA